GGUGGUCGUCGCAUUUGGGCUUCUCGGGACGGACAUUUUCCAAGGCAGUUUUCCAGGUGAAAUUCCGGACGGAAUCGCGCGGAUCGUGACGGUUUUUUGGGGAAUUCGUGGAUCGGUUCCACUGCCCGUGGAAGGAACCUCGGAACAGUUGUGUGGAUCGUGAAGAAUCGGUGUUUUGCUCGGGCGAGAGCUUGGUGGAAAGUCUAGUGUGGUGAAAUAGCGGAAAGGAUUUUCCGGAUUUCUGGCAGGGAUUGUGAACGGCCUGCGGCCGUGUAAAUCUGCAGAUCUUGGACUCUGGAUUACCGGAUUGCUGCAGAGUUGAGAAAAGUGAAUUCCGCUGAACGAAGACAAGAUGCCAUGGUCCGCGAGUAGUUCGUGUUUAGUCCGCAGCAGCAGUGUUCGCAAGCGUUAGUGUUGUGACGUGAAGAAGAAGAUUCGAAGAUUUUGGGGAGAAGUGAAGUGAAAUCGAGUGGGAAGGGCAAGAAGAACCCAAAAGAAAGUCGGAAGCAUGGGGAAGAAGUCCGGGGCCGCGCAGAGAAUGCGGCGUCCGGAGGAGCCGUCCAUAGGCGGUGGCGGCGGUGGGAGCAGUAGUGUUAGCAGGCCGAAAAUGUUCAGUGUUUCAAUGUUAGCAGCCAUCUUAGCGUUAGUGUUAGUGUUAGAUCUUAAUGUUGUCCUAGUAUCGUGUAAGCACCAUCGCCAUCACAGCGCAAACAGCGAAGAGUUCAAGUUCGACCCAACGAACAGCUUUAUUAGCUUAGUCCUGCCACACGACACAUAUCCCGGCUACAGCAUUCAGAAGUUUACGGCAAACUUCACCAGUCCAAAUUCGCCAUUUUCGUCGAUCUCGUCGUACUCGUCCAAGCCGCUGAAUUACCGGCUGCUCGAGACCGACUACUCCAAGUACUUUACGGUGCUGGACGACGGAAUGGUCAUGACCACGUCGGACCUCUCCCCGCUAGUCAACCGACCGGUCAAGCUGGUCGUCCUGGAGGAGACGCCCAACUCCACUGCCACCCAUCAGCUGCAGCUGUACAUCAUGAACCGCAAAGACAUGCUGCAUUUCCCCAGUGCGCUCGGUGAGAACGUCGGUGAACUGAGUGAAAACAAACCCGCCGGUACGCGAGUCCGCGAACUUCCGAUCCUUCAGGCAAACUCCGCGCGCGGUGCCAAAACCGUAAUCUACACGAUCGCGUCCGGUAACGCGGGUCACGAGUUCGCACUGGAGGACAGCAGCACCGGCGAGAUCAAGGACACCGUCCGCAUCGACGACACCCGCAAGCACGGAGUGUUCCUCGUCUCGAACAAACCCCUCGACCGGGAGUCCAAAGACCUGUACACUCUAGUCCUGGAAGCCUCAGACCCGAAAAAGAUCAACAAGGCCCAGGUUAAGCUCCAGGUCAAGAUCCUCGACGUCAACGACAAUCACCCGACCUUCACCAAACCCGACUACCGGUUCACCGUGAACGGCGUCAAGUCCACCAACAACUACGGCAACGAAACCAUCUCGUACGAACGCUUCACCAGCGUCGGCAAGGUCGAAGCCAAGGACGCCGACGGCGACAAGGUCGCGUACCGUCUCCUCAACCCCAGCAACACCGUCGUGAUCGUCCCCCAAACCGGAGAACUCCUCCUCGCCGGAGAACCCGACACCCCAGAACUCUUCAUCGACGUGGAAGCGCACGACAUCCGCACCCCCAGCCUCAAAUCCGUCAAACCCGCUCGCGUCCUCGUGGAGUUCGUCGCCCCGGACCCGAUCCCGGUCGUGGUGCAGCACCUGAACCACGAGUACCAGCACUCCCACCGGCGGGACAAGCGGCGCGUUACGCGGGCCGUCCGACCGACCAAGCGGAUUGAGUUCACCGAAGCGGACGGGGAUUCCGAGGGGCGGAAUGUGUUCCAGCUGGAGAAGGAAACGGACAAGGAGACGUUCAAGAUACGGGACGAGAACCCGUGGGUGACGGUCGAGACGAACGGAGCGGUGCGGGUGAAGAAGAAGUGGGACUACGAGGAGUUGGGGCCGGAGAAGACGAUCGACUUUUGGGUGAUCAUCACGAACCAGGGGCCGGGCAACAACAAGGAUAAUGGAAACAAUGGCCAGCUGAAAUAUACCGACAACCAGCGCGUGAUCAUCCACGUCAAGGACGUCAACGAUGAGCCACCGUACUUCAUCAACCGCCCCCUCCCGAUGCAGGCCGUCGUCCAGCUGAACGCGCCUCCAAACACUCCGGUGUUCACGCUGCAGGCCCGCGAUCCGGACACCGACCACAACAUCCACUACUUCAUCGUGCGCGAUCGAACCGGAGGACGGUUUGAGGUGGACGAACGGUCCGGAGUGGUGCGAACCCGCGGAACCGAUCUGUUCCAGCUGGACAUGGAGUACGUGCUGUACGUGAAGGCCGAGGAUCAGAACGGCAAGGUCGACGAUCGACGCUUCCAGAGCACGCCCGAAGAGCGACUGUCGAUCGUGGGUGGCAAGCGGGCGCCGCAGUUCUACAUGCCGAGUUACGAGGCUGAGAUCCCGGAAAAUCAGAAGAAGGACUCAGAUAUCAUCUCGGUGAAGGCAAAGUCGUUUGCGGAUCGUGAAAUACGGUACACGUUGAAGGCCCAAGGACAGGGUGCCGGAACGUUCAACAUUGGGCCGACCUCCGGGAUUGUGAAGCUCGCGAAGGAGCUGGACUUUGAGGAUCUUCGACAGCCGCACGUGUACUCGCUCGUGGUGACGGCGACCGAGGAUUCUGGAGGGUUCUCUACUUCUGUGGAGCUCACAAUCCGCGUAACGGACGUGAACGACAACGCGCCCAAGUUCGAGCUGCCCGACUACCAGGCGCACAACGUCGACGAGGACAUCCCGCUGGGCACGAGCAUCCUCAAGGUGAAGGCCAUGGACUCGGACUCGGGAGCGAAUGCCGAAAUCGAAUACCUCGUUUCGGACGACCACUUUGCGGUGGACUCGAACGGAAUCAUCGUGAACAACAAGCAGCUGGACGCGGACAACAACAACGCGUACUACGAGUUUGUCGUGACGGCCAAGGACAAGGGCGAACCGGCCAAGACCGGAACGGCCACGGUUCGAGUUUACACGAAGAACAAGAACGACGAAGAACCGAAGUUUUCACAGCAGGUGUACACGCCAAAUGUGGAUGAGAAUGCUGGGCCGAACACGCUGGUGACGACGGUGGUGGCGUCCGAUAAGGACGGUGACAAUGUGCGGUUUGGGUUCGUCGGGGGUGGCACCAACAGUGGCCAGUUUGUGAUUGAGGAGAUCACGGGGGUGAUUCGGUUGCACAGCAAGGGCAUCUCGCUCGAUCGGGACAAGUAUGAGCUGAAUGUGACAGCUAUGGAUGAUGGGUCGUGCUGUAUCAACGGUGAUGCGACGAUCCAUACAUCUACAGCUGUCGUCGUGGUGUUCAUUACCGAUGUCAACGACAACAAGCCGGUGUUCAAGGACUGCGGAACUUACUACCCGAAGGUUGAGGAGGGCGCGCCGAACGGGAGCCCUGUGAUAAAGGUGCAGGCGACCGACGAGGACAAGGGCGUCAAUGGACAGGUCAAAUACUCGAUCGUCCAGCAGCCCAACCAGAAGGGUACAAAGUUCACCGUCGACGAGGAAACCGGCGAGGUCUCCACGAACAAGGUGUUUGAUCGUGAAGGUGACGACGGCAAGUUUGUGUCCGUCACGGUAAAGGCGACCGAUCAGGGAGAGCCCAGCCUGGAAGGCGUGUGCUCGUUUACGGUGGAGAUUACUGAUGUGAACGACAAUCCGCCGUUGUUCGAUCGACAGAAAUACGUCGAAAACGUCAAGCAGGACGCCAGCAUCGGCACCAACAUCCUGCGCGUGUCCGCCUCGGACGAGGACGCCGACAACAACGGCGCCAUCGUGUACACCCUGAGCGCCCCCCACAGCCCGAACGACCUGGAGUACUUUGAGAUCCAGCCCGAGUCCGGCUGGAUCGUGCUGAAGAAGCCACUGGACCGCGAAACGUACAAGCUGGAGGCGAUGGCCCAAGACAAGGGCUACCCGCCCCUGUCGCGGACGGUCGAGGUGCAGAUCGACGUCGUCGAUCGGGCAAACAACCCGCCGGUGUGGGACAGCUCAGUUUAUGGUCCGAUUUACGUGAAGGAAAAUAUGCCGGUCGGUGGAAAAGUCGUUUCCAUUAAAGCCAGCUCCGGAAUCGAGGGCAACCCGACCGUGUUACCGGCUCAUGCCGGGCUCGACGGCGCAAACGAACAAGCUGCACACGUUCUACCUGCAGCAGCGGCCCGACAACGGCGACACGUGGGCCGACAUAAAGGUGAACCACCCGCUCGACUUUGAGACGAUAAAGGAAACAACGGCGCCCAGCAGCUGGCCUCGGAGGCGACUGUUUACAUACAAUUAGAGGAUGUAAACGACGAAAUUCCGCUGUUUACGGAACGUGAACAGGAAACGGUGCUCGAGGGUGAACCGAUCGGCACCAAGGUGACGCAGGUGAACGCCAUCGACAAGGACGGCACCUUCCCGAACAAUCAGGUGUACUACUACAUCGUCGACUCGCCCCGUAACGAGGGCAAGGACUUCUUCGAGAUCAACCUCCAAAGUGGGGAGAUCUUCACGAAGGUGAUUUUCGAUCGUGAAAAGCAGGGCGCGUACGCCCUCGAGGUGGAGGCCCGCGACGGAGCCCCGUCGGCACGACCCAACAGCAACCAGCAGCCCAACUCAGGACUACUUCGGUUGUGCUUCCCCUUAACGAGCGGGGGAAAAUCUCGACUUCCACGCUGGAAGUUUUGGCCGCUGGAAGUUGCAUUCCGGAAAACGGCAGAAUGUGGGCCACUCGGGCUCAACAACAAACUUCCCGGAGCGAGCGGCGGCGGCAUCCCGAUGUAA